AUGACAUCAAAGCGUGAGCAUCCACCUGCCAAGUCUUCGAAAUGGGGUGACCUCUUAGUCCGUACGAUAUCAGCAGUAGUCAUUAUUGGAACAGAGGUUCUUCUCAUGUGCAUUGGAAAAUAUCCUUUAUUUGCCGAGCUCUUAAUCAUUGAAUUCUUAGGAUUUAGAGAGUUAUUACACCUUAGUAUUGAGCCAGAAAAAGAGAAGCCAAUUGGCUUUAGAAUCAAAGUUUUCCCAUAUAUCCUUCUCUUUGCAAUGACAUACCUUAUUUCAGGAAAGACAAUUCUUCACUAUUUCAUAGCUGAUACUUUAAUUGCCAGAUUUCACUAUAUUGCAGUGUUCUUGAUUGUAAUGUUAGCAUUAUUCUUAUUCGUCACAGGACUGACACCAGAAAACGACCAAUAUGCAUACAAGAGAUUCACAUAUGCAUUCUGUGGUGCUUUUAUUAUUGGAAUUCCAUGCAAUCUCUAUACAAAGUUUGCAGACACAUCUCUAUUUUGGUUCUCCAUUCCAAUCUUCUGCGUAGUUGCAAAUGAUACAGCAGCAUAUUUCUGCGGCCGUUUAUUUGGCCGUCAUCAACUUAUCAAAUUAUCUCCAAAUAAGACAGUCGAAGGUUUUGUUGGUGCACUUAUCCUUACACCUCUAGUAUUCAUUGGAGCAACAUAUAUCGCAGCGCAAUUUCCAUACAUUUACUGCAGACAUUCAAAGCCAUUUGAUUUCAAUGUUCAAUGUGUUACACCAAAAGAGUUUGUUCCAACAACUUACGAGAUAUUUGAUAAGAAGUUCACAAUAUUACCAGCUUAUAUUCAUGCAACUGUUAUUGCUCUAUUUGCAAGCUUAGUUUCUCCAUUUGGAGGAUUCUUUGCUUCUGGAUUCAAGCGAUCACUCGGUAUCAAGGACUUCUCUCACUUAAUUCCAGGCCAUGGAGGAAUAUUAGAUAGAGUUGAUUGCCAACUUGUGAAUUGCAUCUUUGCUUAUUUGUAUUAUAUUACUUUUGUACAAUAA